AUGGAAUAUGCAGCCUGGAGGCGAGGCGAGGGGGAGAGUUUGAAAUACUUCAUAGAAGAUCCAAGCACCGGGACCCUUUACAAGAGAGGGCAGCUUUUGGGAAAGGGAGCGUUUGGAAGAUGCUACAAGUUCACAGACAUGUCCACCAACAAAGUCUACGCCGUGAAGGUUGUCUCCCAGUCCCGGGUCUCCAGACUCGACAACAGAGGGAAGGUCGAACGCGAGAUUGAAUUGCACAGCCAACUCAAGCACAGGAACGUGGUUGGCUUCCACCGACAUUUCGCUGACCAGGAAAACAUCUACAUGGUGCUGGAAUACUGUAGCCGGAAGUCCCUAGCCCACAUCCUGAAAGCCCGGAAGACGCUGACGGAGCCCGAGGUCCGAUACUACCUCAAGCAAGUCAUUGCCGGUCUGCAAUACAUCCAUCAACAAGGGAUAAUCCAUCGUGACCUCAAACUGAGUAACUUCUUCAUCACAAAGAACAUGCAGGUGAAGAUUGGUGAUCUGGGGCUGGCGACUCGAGAAGAACAGGCCAGCCGGAGGAGAGGAGUGGUCUGCGGGACCCCCAAUUACCUGGCUCCUGAAGUCAUCGCGAAGAAAGGCCACUCAUUCAAAUCAGACGUUUGGGCACUUGGCUGCAUCAUGUACACGGCUCUCACCGGCUGCUCUCCCUUCGAGAUCACACGCAAGCAAGAGAUGUACCAGUGCAUCCAGGAGGGACGCUACCCUAUGCCCAGCCGCCUCUCACCCAGCGCCAGGGGGCUCAUUGGGAAGCUGCUGGCUCCCAACCCAGCAGCCCGACCCAGCCUAGAGGAAGCCCUCCAGCAUGAUUUUUUCAUCCAGGGAUUCACUCCAACCACGCUGUCCUCCAGGACUUGCCACUCUGCCCCCAUCUUCGCCCUCCCCAACCCGCUGAGGAAGUUCUUCCAGAAGGCUGCUAAGGUCUUCUUACGAGGCUCCCUCUGCCAGGAGUCCAGGACUGUGAGCCCCUUGCCCCAGGAAGUGGAGCCAAUGCCGCCUCAAGGGCUGCCGCGAUGCCCACCUGUUGAGACCCCCAGCCUGGAAGCAGAAAAGGAGGCUAGUGAUGCAAUUGAGGAUCCGAUCACCUUCCCUGUUCACUUGCUCAUGAGGGGAUCUCUGAACAACAGCAGCCAGUCGGAAGCAGAAAAGGAUACCAAGUGGAGCCCCGGCGGAGUACUGGAGACCAUGGACCAAGCCUUGCGGACCUGCCUGAAGACCACCCCCCUGGCGGAACAGAACCCCGAUGGACAGCAACCAGCGUCCGGUCCGGUCCGGAUGGUUACGAAGUGGGUGGACUACUCCAACAAGUAUGGCUUCAGCUACCUGCUCUCAGACGGGUCCACCGGGGUGCUCCUCGCUGACGGGACACACAUCACGCUCUGCCCUCGGCGCCAGCGAGUCUGCUACUGCUCGGAGCUCUAUGAGGCCGCAUCCUUCCCGAGGAGAGAGGUCCCAGCUUCCCUGGCUAUGAAAAUGGGGAUCCUGAACUUCUUCACCCAGUACAUGCAGCAGCGACUGUUGGAGGGUGGAAACCAGCAGGCCGGUCCCAGAACCUCCACAGAUGACCUCUGUCUCCUUCACUUUGCAAAAUCUGACGAGGCCCUGUUGAUGCUGUUCAGUGAUGGGACUCUGCAGGUCAACUUCUACCACGACCGCACAAAGAUCGUGCUCAGCCCCUCGGCUGGGGGGCACCUCUUGACCUUCAUGGACCGGCAGCGCCUGAGCACCACCUUCCCGCUGGAGGCCCUGGCGGUGUGGGGCUGGACGCUGCCCUUGCGAGAGCGCAUGACCUACGCCCUGAGCAUGCUGCAUUGCCUCUAGCAACACCCCGCACCCUCCCAGCCACAGAUGUGCAGAAAGACUCUCUUGCGCCACCAGCAGGUGCUGGGAUUGUGGGCUGGAUCCUGCUGUCUUCCACGGCACCGUGCGGAGGGAAGGAAAUGGCACUAAGGCCAGGAUGGGUUGGCCUGGGCGUUGGAGGGGUGGGCAGAUUGCAGAGCAGCGAGUGUGUGUCUGUAUGUGGUGAGGUGUGUGCGUGCAUGAUCACACCCAGACACACCCAGAAUCCGGGCAGGAUCAUUGUGGCCGAUAAGAAGCUGCAUAGAAGGCAUGCUGAGAGUGUGAGAGGAGGACAGGGGCAGUGGUGAGGGGCAGAGAGUGCAAAAUACUGUGCCAACCUCAAAAAGGUUGUCCUAGAGUUGGGAAAGGUUCAGAAAAGGGCAACCAGGACGAUCAAGGAGAUGAUGCUGAUCCUAUGAGGAAAGGUGGCAGCAUUUGGGGGCUUUUUAGUUUGGGGAAAAGGCGAGUCAGAGGCGACCUGAUGGAAGUGUAUCAAAGUAUGCAUGUUAUAGAGAAAGUGGGCAGAGAAAAGUUCCUCUCCCUCUCUCCUAACACUAGAACUCGGGGACGUACGAUGUAGCUGAACGUUGGGAGAUUCAGGACAGACCAAAGAAAGCGCUUCUUCACACAGCGCAGUUAAAACGAUGGGAUUUAGUCCCACAAGAGGCAGCGAUUGGCCACUUGGAGGGCUUUAAGAAGACUAGACAAAUUCAUGGCGGAAUAGGCUAUCAGCGGCUACUAGUUAUGAUGGGUAUUCACAGCCACCAUAGACAGAGGCAGCAUGCUUCCAAAAAACAGUUGCCGGAAGCCGCAGGAGGGGAGAGUUGCUCUUGCCCUCAGGCCCUGCUUGGGAGCUUCCCAUUGGGGCACCUGGUUGGCCACCAGGACCUGACCCACCACUGGCCUGAUCCAGCAGGCUCUUCUGAUGUUCUUACGUUCAGAAAGGGGCGGCGCUUAGAUGGAGAUUCCCCAUGUGUAGGGAAAAGGUACCCUACACAUGUUCUCGGAGCCACAAGUCCCAUCAAAGUGGCUGGUGAUGAUAGGAACUGGGUUCCAGCGACACAAGUUGGCUCCCUCUGCCCUCGAGCAAAUGUGGGCUGGGGGAGGGAGCGGCUCAGUCUCCGUCCGAGGAAAGAUUCAUGGUUGAAGUGCCCUCCUUGGUUGAGGCAUGAAAAGCCACAGCUUCAUGGCUUGUUAAGCCACGAUGAAGCUUUCUCCUUUUCUGUAAAGCGGGUGACAGAAGUUAACCACGAUAAUUCCGGACCAGGUGGCAUUCAAAAUAUCAGCAUUUUUACCAAGCUGGUAGGGAAAAAUAGGAUUUUGCAAGAUCUGAAUGAACUGCUAAAUGAUUGUUAUUGUUGUUAACAACAACAAAAACAAUAGCACCUGGCACCAGAAAAUCAUAGAAUCGUACCGUUGGAAGGGGCCUAAAAGGCCAUCAAGUCCAACCCCCUGCUCAGUGCAGGAAUCCAAAUCAAAGCAGGAUGAGUCCUCAGGCAGCGCGCCUCCGGCAAUGUGCUAGAGCUGAGCUUACCCCCAUGUGCAAAGUGUCCGUUUGUAGGUUGUGGCUGUUGCUGCCGUUUUGCAAAGCUGGUGGGUGCCUUUUCUGGCAGGAGAAAGAGAGGAGGAAAGGGUCUCAAGAGGAUGGUGGCGUUUGCCAUGUGGGCUGCACGUUAAAUCCCAAAGAAAAAGAAAAUGGGUUAUGAAUGUGUGGGGCGAGGAGAGAGAGGAGAGGACAAGGGGAGAGGGCAAAGUGAGGGUUGGACGGCUGGCGGGCAGAGCAGGAUUCGGGCUCACGGCCAUGCAGGACAGAAGGGGUGGGGGAAGGCUGCUGGUUUGGGGCAACCAGCAGGGUGGUGAUGACAACCACAGCAAGUGCUCAAUGUUUCCUGUCCCGGUUGCGCCAUAUGAAUCCCAUUUUUAAUUAAAGUAAU